UGACAUAAUGACAGCAGGCAGCAGGAUCAAACAGAUUAUUGUGUGGAAUUCGCUGAGACCUAUCGAACUUAGCGAUUCAUCAUAAAUUUGGUUACAAUAAAGUGAAAUAACAUUAUCCACGGUGCACUAAACGUUUAUUUGUUUCUUGUAUUCAUUGGCUUCACAUCAAAAUUUAAAGUGAACAAAAAUUUCUUGCGACACGGUUAACCCAUCAGCUUUCACAUUAUUUCGUUUCUAUGUGAUUAUUUUCACAGAAAUUAACGGGUGCACUUUAUAAGAUAUUUGUUUUCGACUUCUGCAAUAGUGUUAGAUGUUUACAUUAACAAGUAUUCGUAGUGUUUUAUGUUUAUGCCUCGCUAAAGUAGAAUCAAUAUUGCAUUUGAACCUACUGUUGUGAAAUGAGUGUGCAUAUUUAGUGUACUACUAUCAAGUUAUGAGCACCUGAUGGAAGAUUAGCAUCGCCGCCGAAGCUAAGGAAUUUCAUACCAAAUACCAUGGGGAGGUUUUCGGGUAAAAAAUGCCGACUAUUGUCGAUGUUAUGGCUGACUGGCAGCUUCUUCUUUGUGGAGCUGAUUGUCGGCUACAUCACCAACUCUAUGGCCCUAGUUGCAGAUUCAUUUCAUAUGUUAAGUGAUGUCGCCGCACUUGUGAUCGCAUUUUUAUCAGUUAAGAUGUCGCCAAAGAAAUGGUCAAAGAAUACAUUCGGGUGGGCCCGUGCCGAAGUAUUGGGCGCGUUGGUCAACGCAGUGUUCCUUGUGGCACUGUGUUUCAGCAUAACAGUGGAGGCUGUCAAGAGAUUCAUAGAGAUUGAGAUGAUUCACGAUGCCAGACUGCUAGUCGCCGUCGGUACUCUAGGGUUGCUGCUCAACAUCGUGGGCCUGUUCCUAUUCCACGAUCACGGUGGUGGCCAUGGACACUCCCAUGGCGGAGUCCCACCUCCAGCGAAUGUGAGGCAUCUCACGGAGAUCGUGAACAGCAAUGCUGACAUGGCCUUGGGUCAUAAUGCUACGGACACUGAAGAAACUGACGAGAUGGUCCCGCCGAAGCCUGACAAAGUAGCAAAUAAUAAGAAGCAGACUCCAUGCAGAGCGGCACACGACCCCGGCCACAUGAAUAUGAAGGGCGUGUUCCUGCAUAUCCUAUCUGAUGCUCUAGGUUCCCUAAUUGUAGUUGGUUCAGCUUUAGUGGUAUGGCUGACGGACUGGGAGUACAAGUACUACAUCGACCCCGCGCUCAGUAUAGUGCUGGUCAUCUUGAUACUUGCGUCCGUCUGGCCCCUGCUCAGGGAGUCUUCGUUAAUUCUACUACAAACUGUGCCAACACAUAUUCAGGUGGAUGCGAUACAGAGGCGUUUGUUGGAAAAAGUCGAUGGCGUUCUAGCAGUCCAUGAGUUCCACGUGUGGCAGCUAGCUGGAGACAGAAUCAUCGCCAGCGCUCAUAUUAGGUGUAGAAAUCUAUCGGAGUACAUGAAAAUAGCUGAGAAAGUGAAGGAGUUCUUUCACAACGAGGGCAUACACUCGACCACCAUACAGCCGGAGUUCGUCGAGCUACCACUAGGUGGAAAUGAGAUAAUAAGCGGCGCGUCCGCCGAAGCGCCCUGCGCCCUCCACUGUCCACCGAACGACCUCUGUCACAACGCGACGUGUUGCGGGCCCAACCAACAGGAACAAAGCACGCCUUCUCCCACAGUAACGCCGUACCUCUGCAGGCAACGGACCAUGGGAUCUAGGACUGAGUCAAUGUGUUCCACGAACGGCGCCGGCGCACCCCGGCAAGCCACCACGUGGAACCUAGAAGCUUUAGAGUGCGGUUCCCUGCUCCCGUCGCCUAUGCUGGACAGUCGGCUCGCGGUCUGACGCUCGGGCCCGACUAUGGACUAACCCCCGUCACUUUCACUACACAUUAGCUGUGAAAUUUAGUUCCAUUCAUAUUUAUAAUCAUUACCAAAGUAUAUGUGCUCAUUUUUCCACACCAGCCAAUAAUCAAACUAUCUGUCUCGUUUUUUCCCAAGUUAUUAGAUAAAGACAACACUAUUUUUAAUUAUGUCUAGACCUUUUAAUCGACUUAUCAAAGUUGUAAUUCGCAAAUGCAAAAAUAUAGCCAUCUCUGUCUAAUGUUUGUCACUAAGUUAUGUGUAAAAGAGAUGGAUAGUUUUUAAGUUGGUGUAUCAAAAACGGCACUAUUACAUAACACGAAUUUCUAGUGUGUCAUUUAAUGUAAACGAAUCAUAUAAAAUGGCUGCUGUUGUAACUAAAAUUCUUUAAAUCUCGCUACAUUACCUAGGCUAGGUAUAUCUUCAUUCAUUAGUAUUAUUCAUAUUAUUUAAAUAAGUACUUACCAUAACUAAUUGCAUAAAAUUAUUAUUAUUCAUGUUAUAAAUUCAUCAAAAUUAAAUUAGUUUAGCAUUGAGUACCUAAAUUCCAAUAAAACAUUGAAAAUAAACGAAAAAGUAUCACAUCACAAAAUGUAACUAAUCAUUAAUAUUUAAAAGCAUAUUAACUGAUUAAAAAAUGAGAUUUAAGCCACGCGAUAUUGAACUUUACAUUGCUAAGAAAAACGUCGAAAAUGUAACUUUUCCAUUAAUGUAAAAGCUAGGGCAACUUUAGAGAUUAUCUUGUUAUAGGAUAUAGUUAUAAAACUUAUAUUAUUUCACAUUUUCACAACUAAUAUGUAGGUGUGGGUCGUUUAUACCAAAACAUUGUUGUUGAAUACUUUGAUAUGUGAGUUAUAUGAACAUUUAUAUGUUAGAAUAGCUAAUUUAUGUCUCAAUGUCUUCAAGACUACUAAAUAAAUUAUAUUACAUACGUAGCAAUACUCAGACGAUUAAAAAUCUAAUAAAGAAUGCCGAUUAUCAUCAUAUUGCUACGAUGUUAAAUAUAAUUUAGACCUUAAUAAUUUUUACCAUACGAUUCAAAUUCAAGUGCACCAAUAGAAUUCAAGUAAUGCACGAAACGUUUUUAAUAAAUUUUGGAUUGUUCCCUGAAGUACAAUACGCAUAUUAUAUUUUGUAUCACAAGAUAGUCGUUUUGGUGGCAUUAAUUUUGUAAUAAAUAGUGUUAUUGACUAUAGGAAAUUUUCGAGGAAAAUGAGGUCAAUGAACUGAUACCUCAUCUUCCACGUGAGUGAUGCAACACGAGGUAACAAUCUUAUCUACAGUAAAUAGUAAUAUCUUAAUAUAAUAUGUACUUGAUAAUUAUGUUAAGUAUUGCUUGAUAAUAUAAUUUAAAACAAAGCGAGUAUAUGCCCUUCAAAUGUGUAUCGAAGCCUUCAAACAUAGUGAUGUUGCCUUGAAAGGAAUUUGAAAGAUAAAGGAGGAUUAUGAAACCGCAUUUUAAAAUUGAUAAUUUUAGUCUAAAACUAAAUUCCAUCAUUCAUUUGAGCAUCAUAAACUAAGCUAAAAUUCAUUUAAACGUUUAACAAAACAUAUAUUUCUAAUUAUUAAGUAUAGAAAACUUUUUAUUACUUAAAAUGUGAUGUAAUAUUGUAGCUGUAAGUAGCCUUUUUAUUCUGUGGUAGUAGUGGCCAGGAUGGCUCGCAUUUCAUAGGCAGUGGACGUAGAACAUUUUGCGGGUAAACCUUUGCAAUAAUAAUGUAGUUAGAUAAUCACAAUUUAGCAAGGAAUAGUUAUUGCACAUGAGCCCCAAAUGUUACGAUAAGUUCCAUGGUAUAUCGUACCUUCAAACUCUCUGUGGUACCAUAUUCUUUUUGAAAUAUUUCUUAGAAGAUUUUGACCAUUUCUUCAUAGAUAAUUUCUUUUAUAGUAUCAAUAUUACUCAUAUCUAUGAUUAUGUUCUAUUUGGACAUUGUUUUAUAAUGAUAAAGUGACUUUAUUCAUGACUAGAAUAUUUAAACUUGUAAUUCCGAUUCUUACCUCACAGAAAAUACAUUUUGAAACUGAGGACCCAUCAAACAAGUUUGUGAUAAUCCCCUUAAAAAUAUUGCAGAUGAAUUAUUUUUCUAAUUUGUAUCUUAUGUUCGUAGGAUUAUGUUAUAUUAUGGUAUGGUUUAUGUUCAUGAACUGACCAAUGAAGCCAGUCAUGCACGGCUCAAUAUAUGUUUUAUGAAAAAUAUCGUAUUUUUCCUGACAAAGAAUUGAUUGUUUAUUUUUUAUAUGUACAAACCUACUGUCUGGUUAUUUACCACAGAUGACUAAAAAUCUUUUUUCAAAUAAUAAUCGUAGACAAAUGAAUUGAUUUGAUUAAUGAAUUACUGAUUGCGUUGCGCAAUUAAUAAAAAUAUGUAUUGAAACAA